AUGCCAGAAACAUUCACAAUCCACUACUUCGCUUCAGCGUCACAAUACACUUCAAAACAUACCGAAAGUCUACCCGCCCCACAGAGGCUAUCCGACCUCUUCGGCGAGCUCGAGAAGCGGUACCCCGGAAUUGUCGCCAAGGUCCUCUCCAGCUGUGGUGUCAGCUUGAAUGGGGAAUAUGUUGAUGUCGAGGAGGAUUUGGACGUUGUGAUUCAAGCCGGUGGCGAAGUGGCUGUCAUUCCACCUGUGAGCUCCGGCUGA